ACAUCGAUUUUCCCGCACGCUACACUGUACCACACUUCCCGCGUCACGAGCUCUCGUAUUCGUGCGUAGCCAGCGCACAGAAGACUGGAACCAGGCGCUCUACACACGCACGCACGCAAAGCAGGGAGCUAUUGCAACGCUCGAGUUGCUUGACAUUCAUCGCCCGACAUUUGAAGAGUAGCAUUCAUCUCUUUGGGAGAAACAUCAUCACACAUCCUUCUCAUUAAGCAGGACUUCUAGAAAAAAAUGCCGACCAAGGUGGCAGUGAUAGGUGCCGGAGCUGCAGGUAUUUGUGUGCUGCGCCAUGCCCUAGCUUCAGAGGGUGUUUUUGAGGCAACGGCGUUUGAAAAGAGCAACAAACUUGGGGGAACCUGGGUAUAUACGGACAAGACAGAAACCGAUGAAAAUGGCUUGUCCAUACACUCCAGCAUGUACAAAAACCUACGGACAAACAUUCCGAAGGAAGUUAUGAACUUUCCAGGCUUCCCUUUCAAAACCGAUUUGCCCUCAUUUUUAAGUCAUGAAAACGUGGCCGAGUACCUGGAGGACUACGUAGACCAUUAUGGAUUGCGCGAUCAUAUCCAGCCAUUACUCGGAUCCUCUUAUGCCUAAGAUGAAAGGUCUUGAGAACUUCGAAGGAAAAAUUCUGCACAGCCACAACUAUCGCAGCCCUGAAGAAUUCCGAGAUCUCAGAGUUGUCAUUCUUGGGGCAGCGGCCAGCGGUCAAGACAUCUGUGUGGACAUGAGUCCAGAGGCUAAAAGGAUAUACCUGAGCCACAACAAGACACCACUGUCCACUGCUAUACCUGACAACGUGGAGCAAGUCGACGGAAUUGUGGAAGUAUACAAAGAUUCAGUUCGACUGUCAAAUGGUCAAGAAAUCGAAUGCGACGCCAUUCUAUUUUGUACAGGCUAUUUGUACAACUUUAACUUUCUGGAACCAGAGUGUGGAGUUAAAAUAGAAGAAAGUCGAAUCGUGCCCUUGUAUAAGCAUCUUGUACACACCACCUACCCGACCAUGUUCUUCAUUGGAAUGUGCAAGACCAUCUGUCCGUUCCCCCAGUUUGACGCCCAAAUUCAGUUCUCCCUGAAGGUGCUGGAUGGUCGGUUGGUGCUUCCUUCGAAAUUAGAAAUGGAUGAAGAAACAGAGACAGACUACAAGACUAGACUGGAGCGCGGGUUGCCACACAGACACGCCCACCUUAUGGGACCUCGCCAGUGGGAAUACAACUCUCAACUGACUACAAUGGCGGGACUCGAACCCAUUUCCCCCAACGUCCAGCUGCUCUACGAGCACGUGCAUGCCAUCCGGGUCAAGCAACUGACCACGUACAAGAGACUCAACUUCAGGCUCACAGGACCGGACACAUUCGAACAGUACUAAGAUUAUAUAAUGAUAAUAUGACGGGACACAGUGGAAUCAGGCGCUUGUCAAUGUAUGGAGUUUUUGGUACCGCUAUUUUUUUAAACUUGUUCAUUUGCCUUGUUUAUGGCUUUAAAAAGUGCUUCUUACACUUGAAGGAAGUGGGGGUCACCUGGUGACACAGGUAAAAUUAGCGAAAAAAAGGCCGCUUAAGUUUGAUGACUUCCAGAGCUUGAGUGACCAUACAUUUUUUAUGUCUUUGAUGAAUGUUUUUCCGUAAAAUCCCUACGACAUGAAAAGAGUUGUGCACAAUUAACCCCCCCCCCCCCCCCCAACAAAAAAAAGAUAAAAAUUGCCCAAAAAUUAGGAAAAAGUCUGUUUUCUCCAUUUCAUUAUUAUGACGAUCGCCGGAUUUCACCACGAUGCAACACACUUCUCGUCAUCUGCAAGCUUGCUCCCUCAGUAUGUCUUGUCCCAUUGUCUCCUGUGGAGACCUUCAUAUACAUGAAAGUCUAUAAUUGCUUCAACCCGUGCUGGAAAAGGUUUCUUUAGCGCUUUUUGUUUUACAAAUUGCGUCUUUCUUCUCCAGCAAUUGUCAUAUACAUGUGUAUUUACCAUUUCAGAGAACAAAUGUUCUAGGAACAAAAAUAAGGCACUUAUUUUCUUUGUUAGCGCAACUACCAAGUGUGCAAUACUUUGAAAAUUCAAGAAAAUUGAAUGCCCCUGAUUCUCGUAUUUAAAAAGUGGUACAUAAAUAAUAUGUUCUUUUCCCUUUCAUCAUCAUCCUUUUUCAUCCUAUGCUAGAGUAUAGGCCAUGAACAAGAGCUCUCCAUCUACUUCUAUCCUGGGCUUUAGUCCCCACGUCUAUCCAGCUGUAUCCCAUCUUUUCUACUUUUACCAAAGGUUCCUCUUCCGAAUAUGCCUAUUUUCAGGCUUUCCUCCUCUCCUUUUCCAAUUUUCUUUUCCUUUACCUGCGUGCUUUUGAUUUUCAUGCUUUUCAUCAAAUGCUUUUUGUCCAGUGAUCUGAAAAGCUGACUUGGCUUACGCUAUGAAACCAAAAUGGCAACAUUGAGAUCAUGUAAACUUGUCUCUUAAAGUAGUAAACUGUUGUUUCAAAAACAAAUACCACCACUAUCACCACCCCCACCCCACAGAUUUCACAAACUGUACUACUGUAAAGAAGAUGUUAUAACAUUUAUACACAGAACUGAAAAUAAAAAUACAAAUGUGUGAAGAUUAAG